CCAAGGAAUAUUUCAUCACAGAGGGCACUAAGAUUUAAUUUUGCGUUUCGAUAACAAUUAAUAGCAGUUGUUAAGUUCAGUUGUUCCAUAAAUAGUUUGUGAUACACACAAUUGCACUUUCUAGGAUACACAGAAAAAUAUGUCGAAUUACCGGCAAAUUGAUUCGAAAAGAGAAGAGUUCAGGAAAUAUUUGGAACGAGCUGGUGUUAUGGAUGCUCUGACUAAAGUACUGGUUAGUUUGUAUGAAGAAACUGAGAAGCCAGAUGACGCCUUAGAUUACGUUCGCAAACAUUUGGCUGGUGGUGGCCCUGAUGUGGAGGAUUUAGGAUCAGUGAAAGCUGAGCUGGAUAUUAGUAAAGUUAAAGUAGAAGAAUUAGAACAAGAAAAUUCUGUGCUUAAGAAUAAGUUGUUACAAUUUGAAGGACCAGUUGAUGAAAACACCUCAAGUGAAGCAGCACAGGCAGUAGACAGUACUCCAUUAGACUCUAAAGAGGGAGUUAAACAAGCUGUGGCCCCAGAUCAGGCAGACUGAACACAAAGAACAAGAAAAUAACAUGGACAGUUAGCAGCUGAAUAUCAUCAUUAGUACCUUGACUAUGGCCUCAACUUGCAGGAGUAAAAUACGGGUACAAAGUGCCAUCAGUGGAAGUGUUGCAUAGGACUACUUUUCAUCAGUUUAUACAGUUAAAAGCUUGCCAUACUGUGUAAGAUACAGGUUUAUUGCAGUAGAUUGAUGGACACAGUGUUCAGUCUUGUAUUUAAUGCUGUUUCUCCUGUCCCUUUAAGAGAAUCUGUCCAGUUUAGACAUAUGUAAGACCAAUAUUUUUGUCACAGAAUGUUAAGAGUUGUUCAUAACGUCAAAGUGAAUUUAACAUGUUAUAUAUAAAUAUUUAUUUCUUAGGGUUUGUUUUGUACUUCUGGAGAAACCCAUGAGUACACUUGUUUUCUGCCUGAUGUAA